AUGCCCAACACUAUCUAUCUCAUUACUGGCGCCAGCCGCGGAAUCGGCCGUGGCCUCGUCGAAAAAUUCCUCGCUCGUCCAAACAACACCAUUAUCGCGGCGGUUCGUGAACCCGCUGGUGCUUCAUCCCAAUCGCUGCAGUCUCUCCCUAAGGGAGAGUCCUCGCACCUCAUUACUGUGAAGAUUGAAUCUACAUCUCCAACCGACCCAGAAGCUGCUGUGGAGACCUUGAUCAAUGAACAUGGCAUUCACCACCUCGACGUGGUCAUUGCUAACGCCGGUAUCAGCAAGGACUUCUCGACCGUGCAUGAAGUAUCCAUUCCUGUGUUGCGCAAGCACGUAGAGGUGAACGGUUUUGGCCCCAUCUAUCUUUACCAAGCUGUCUACCCUCUGCUCAAGAAAAGCGAGAAGCCCACUUUUGUUGGAGUUGGUAGUCCGCUGGGUAGUAUCGGUGGCAUGGAACAGCGCCCAUACCCGUGUGCGGCGUACGGCCCCAGCAAGGCAAUUCUACACUGGAUCGUGCGCAAGAUUCAUUUCGAGAAUGAAGAGUUUGUGAGCUUCGUUGCGGAUCCUGGCUUACCCCAAACUGACAUGGGCAAUGCCGGUGCACGAGCCGUCGGCCUCGAGAAGGCCUUCCAGACGGUCGAGGAGAGUGUCGGUGGUAUUGUGAAUGCGAUUGAUGAAGGAACCCGCGAGUCAAUUGGUGCUCAGCUGCGCAUUUGGGAUGGCACCCAGUUCCCCUGGUGA